CAAGGUCCCCGUAAUAAAAACAUUUUUUAUUUUGUGGUGCCAUCCAAAGCGGAGGUUGCUGGUUGUACUUUGCUGCAAUAAAGAGAAGCAUUAGUACUAGCUAUGCUUCAACUUUCAUUAACGAUCCAAUCAUCAACUAAACCCUAAACAUUUUAAAUCCAUUUCUGUUUCUAAUAAUGCAAAAAUAUCAAUAAAACUUGUUGUUUUUAAUAUCUUGGGAAAAAGAAGUAGUAUUCCCUUACUUGAUGGAAAUUGAAGAGACGACAGAGAGUAUUGGAGAUGCAACUAUGUAACCAUUUGCAACCCUUAUAAUAGUAAUUUCUAGCUAGCUAGCUAAUUGGGUUGCAGAAGAUAGAUUAGGUUACAUUUUAAUUUGUGGCAUUGGAAUAUGGAGAAGAGAUGCCAUGUGGUGAGCUCAGAUGUUAGCACAUGGCUUCUCACAUUCCAACCUCCUAAACACGUAUUUCACUAUUAGUAGAUGUGCUUAAUUAGCCCUCUUUUGUGUUUCUGAAUUCAACAUACACUAAAGUGCAGUGUUUGGUAGCCCUAGCUAUGUCCAUAGCAUCAGUUUGGAAGAUCAAAUAGAGAAUAGACUUGAGUUGUGUAAAGUAGAUAGAUCAUUCCAACUAGUAGCUAGGGAGUACCCUAAUGAGUCCAUGCUUGAUGUUCAGGAACAUUUAAUAGGACAGUUAUACUUCUCUAUCUUUUGAUCUGAUCCCACUGAUUAAUCUAAGUUCAUUAAAGUGCCUUUCAUAUCACUAUUUGUUUCUUUCCUUUUAUCUUUAAAGAGUAAUAGGCUUUUUGUGCAUCAUAUGAGCAAUCAAAUGCUAUCUUCUUGUUGCUCUAUACUCAUCAAGAGUAGUACUACUGCUCCCUCAUGGAUGGUGAUCCUUAUUGCUUUUUCGCUGUUGGUGCUGCUGUCAUUUGGAUAUUUUUCUAUCCUCUACACAUCUCUAGUACUGCUUUUCUCUUCUACUCUUUUCUACACUCUACUAUUCUCAAGGCACAAACCAGUAGUAGUGGAAGAAAAGGUUCUUAUUAGUCCUCCUCCUCCUCCUCAAGAAGAUGCUGAUGAGAUACAAGAACAAGAGGUGCCAACUUGUGAGGACUCUGAAGAAGUGGAUUGGUGCUCAGAUGGAUCAAUCUCUGAUGAGGACAGCCUCAUAGAAAUUGCGCUUCACAAAGAAGAACCACUGUACAGGAACUACUACAGUUUGCAGCAGAAGAGGAGGGAGGCCCUUUUCAGCCAUCAUCAGAGUCUAAUGGAGUUCUUAUCUGAACUUAAUAAUGACGUGAGUGAGGAAGAAAACUUGAUAGAGAUUGACAUAUCCAUGGGUUCCAUUAAGUACUCCUCCAGGUUUGAAAUUAAAGCCUGAUCAAGUUUAAUAUACUCUUCAAACUUGAGUAACUGCCUUUACUACUCCUUUUCCUUUUUCAUUUUUUUUUUAUAUAUUCAUCUGGUGGAUAUAUUUGGUUCCAUUUGCAGUGUAAUACUUACUAUAUAUAAGUUUUAAUGUUGUUAUAUAUA